CGUAUGAAUCGAUUCGACUGAUUCCUUGAAAAGAACCGGUUCAAAAGCACGAUUCCCGAGUCCGGUCGUCGCGAGUGUCUCUCCUCCUCCACUUUCUCGUUCUUCGCUUCUUUGCGUCAGUGUUUAUUCGCGUUGUCAUGGCGGAGGGACGCGGAGAUCCGCCGCCGUCGCUCCAGCUGCUCUCCUCACCGCCGGCCAGCAAGCGGCCGUGCCUGCGUCCGGCUCCUCGGGGCCCCGGUCCGGGGCCGGGUCCGGUCUUCCCCAUCUCGCGUCCCCGCUGCCCGGAAUCCCUGCUGGACUGCGCCGCCAAGGCCGUGGCGGAAAAGUGGGCCUUCGAGCGGGUGGAGGAGCGCUUCGAGAGGAUCCCGGAGCCCGUGCAGCGCCGUAUCGUCUACUGGUCCUUCCCGCGGAACGAGAGGGAGAUAUGCAUGUAUUCGUCGUUCCAGUGCCGGGCGGCCGGCGAAGACGCUCCCGCAGCGGGCUCCAGCGCCUCCAACGCUGGCUCGGCCACUGCUCCCGGAGGGGCGGCGAGCACGGCAGGGAGCGCCGGGACCGGAGCCGCUGGAGACGGGCUCCCUUUCCGGCGGGGAAUCCGACUUUUGGAAACGGGCUGUGUGGAUAAUGUCCUGCAAGUCGGUUUCCAUCUCAGUGGGACGGUCACCGAACCGGCCACUCAGUCAGAGCCAGAGAUAACGCACCGAGUGGCCAUCAGCUUCGACCGCUGCAAAAUCACAUCAGUGACGUGCGGCUGCGGCAACCGUGACAUUUUCUAUUGUGCCCACGUGGUGGCGCUAUCACUCUAUCGCAUACGCAAGCCUGAGCAGGUCAAGCUAAGGCUGCCCAUUUCCGAGACGCUCUUCCAGAUGAACAGGGACCAGUUGCAGAAGCUGGUGCAGUAUUUGAUCACAGCCCACCACACAGAGGUGCUGCCCACUGCUCAGAAACUGGCUGACGAAAUCCUGUCCUCCAACUCGGAGAUCAACCAAGUGCACGGGGCCCCAGACCCCACAGCAGGAGCCAGUAUAGACGAUGAUAACUGCUGGCACCUGGACGAGGAGCAGGUCCGAGAGCAGGUCAAGCAGUUUCUCUCCCAGGGAGGCUACUACGGCUCAGGCAAACAGCUUAACUCCAUGUUUGCCAAGGUUCGGGAGAUGUUGCGCAUGCGGGACUCGAAUGGAGCGCGCAUGCUCACUCUCAUCACCGAACAGUUCAUGGCUGAUCCACGCCUGUCGCUAUGGCGACAGCAGGGCACCGGCAUGACAGACAAGUGUCGGCAGCUGUGGGAUGAGCUGGGUGCGCUGUGGGUGUGUAUUGUGUUGAACCCACACUGUAAGAGUGAGGAGAAGAGUGCAUGGCUGAAGCAGCUGAAGAAAUGGGGAGAUAUGGAUAUCUGCCCCCUAGAGGAUGGCAACUAUGGCAGUGAGUUGCCCAACAUCACCAACGCCUUGCCCCAGAGCAACCUGGCACAAGACUCACUGGCCAGGCCCAGGCGGACAGUGUUCACCCGAGCUAUGGAAGCAUGUGACCUGCACUGGCAGGACAGCCACCUGCAGAGAAUCAUAAGCAGCGAUUUCUACAUGUCUCCUGCUUAUCAGAGAGAAGGAGAGAGCCUGCUGUUUAACCCCCAGGGCCUGCCUUUGUGGCUGGACCAUGUGCCUACAGCAUGCGCCAGGGUGGACGCCCUGCGUUCCCACGGUUACCCAAGGGAGGCCCUGCGAUUGGCCGUAGCCAUCAUUAAUACACUUCGGCUUCAGCAACAGCGGCAGUUGGACAUUUACAAACACCAGAAGAAAGAGCUGCUGCAGAGGGGAAUGACCAGCACUACUAAUCUGGAGGGCUGGGUGGGCCACCCCCUUGACCCCAUCGGCUGCCUUUUCGCCACCCUCACGGAGACGUGUCGAGUGGAAGAUGACAACGCCAUGGACACCGGAGAUUCGGGUGAGCCGAAACCUCCAGUGUAUCAGCACGUGCCUGUGUGGGGCUGCUCAGACGGCGGGGAGUCGUAUCUAGCCUUGGCCUUGGAGGUGGCGCUGAUGGGCAUGGGACAGCAGAGGCUGAUGCCGGAGGGACUGUAUGCCCAGGAUAAAGUUUGCCGCAACGAGGAGCAGAUUGUAGCCAAGCUGCAGGAACUGGAGCUGGACGAGCUGCUGGUCCAGACGCUCCGGAAGCAGGCUGUACUGCUACUGGAAGGUGGUCCUUUCAGUGGCCUUGGCGAGGUCAUCCACAGAGAAAGCGUACCCAUGCACACAUUCGCCAAGUACCUCUUCACAGCACUCCUUCCCCACGACACGGACCUGGCCUACAAGAUCGGCCUGAGGGCCAUGAGACUGCCUGUUUUGGAGUCCACGGCCCCCUCGGGCGACGUGGGUCACCCCCACCACGGCAUCUCCAUCGUACCCAGCAGGUACCCCCGUUGGUUCACCCUUGGACAUCUGGAGUCCCAGCAGUGCGAGCUGGCUUCAACCAUGCUCACUGCAGCAAAGGGAGACAUGCUGAGGCUGCGUACGGUUCUGGAGGCCAUCCAGAAGAACAUUCACUCCUCCUCACUGAUCUUCAAACUGGCCCAGGACGCCUUUAAAAUCGCCACCCCCGCAGAUAACCCACCCGACAUCACGCUGCUCAAUGUCGCUCUGGAGCUUGGCCUUCAGGUGAUGCGGAUGACUCUGUCCACUCUCAACUGGAGACGAAGAGAGAUGGUACGCUGGCUUGUCACCUGUGCAACUGAAGUCGGCCUGCGAGCACUGGUCAGCAUCCUGCAGAGCUGGUACACCCUCUUCACCCCGACCGAAGCCACGAGCAUCGUGGCUGCCACGGUCAUGUCUCAUAACACGGUGCUGCGGCUCAGCCUGGACUACCCUCAGCGUGAGGAGCUGGCCGGCUGCGCACGCACACUGGCCCUGCAGUGCGCUAUGAAGGACCCUCAGAACUGUGCUCUUUCGGCCCUGACGCUCUGCGAGAAGGACCACAUCGCCUUCGAGACUGCCUACCAGAUCGUCAUUGACGCCGCCUCCACAGGCAUGAGCUACUCACAGCUCUUCACCAUCGCGCGCUACAUGGAGCACCGUGGCUACCCGCUACGGGCGUUUAAGCUGGCCUCACUGGCCAUGGCCCACCUCAACCUGGCCUACAACCAGGACACGCACCCGGCCAUUAAUGACGUCUUGUGGGCCUGCGCUCUGAGCCACUCGCUGGGCAAAAACGAGCUCGCUGCCCUCAUCCCCCUAGUGGUCAAAAGUGUGCACUGCGCCACUGUGCUCUCAGACAUUCUGCGUCGCUGCACCAUGACGGCUCCUGGCCUGGCCGGAAUCCCUGGCCGCCGCAACUCGGGCAAGCUCAUGAGCACAGACAAGGCACCCCUCAGGCAGCUGCUGGAUGCCACCAUCAGCGCCUACAUCAACACCACGCACUCGCGGCUGACCCAUAUCAGCCCGCGCCACUAUGGCGAGUUCAUAGAGUUCCUCAGCAAGGCCAGAGAAACCUUCCUCCUGGCCCAGGAUGGCCACAUCCAGUUCGCCCAGUUCAUAGACAACCUCAAGCAGAUCUACAAGGGUAAGAAGAAACUAAUGAUGUUGGUGCGGGAACGUUUCGGUUGACCCCCCCCCCCCCCCCCC